UGGCUGAAACCCAAAUCUUAAGCGACUUAGACCUCCCAUCCAAUGGACUCGUCGCUGCUCGCCCGCCGCUUCGAUGAGCGUCCCUCGCCAGCGGAUUUCUCUUCGAAGAUCGAACCCACCAAUGUUCCAGCGGUCUUUCAUGGUGCCGUCAAGGAAUGGAGGGCCAUCACCAGGUGGAACCCUUUUGAUGGAGGCCUUGAUUACUUGGAGGAAAGAGCUGGGUCUGCUGUACUAGAAGCUAUGCUAUCAAGAUCAGGGCACGUUUUUUAUGGUGAUAUUAGAAGUCAUGAGAGAGUACCCAUAUCAUUCUCUACGUUCAUCACCUCUUGCAAGAAAUUUCUUCAGACUUCUGAUGCUAGAAGUACUUCGGCUCCUCCAGCGAUGUCUUUAGCUACAUCUGCUUGCUUGGAAGAUGCAAGUUCAGAUAUACUCGGUGAACUUUAUGUAGCUCAGGUUCCCAUAUUGAAUUUGGAGGAUAAAGAAAGGUGCCCUUUACGGAUUCUUGCAGAAGACAUUCAAACACCUAUAUUUUUACAGACAAGCACAUUAGCAUCUAUCAACUUCUGGAUGAAUAUGGCCAAAUCCAGGUCAAGCACACAUUAUGAUCCCCACCAUAAUCUGCUUUGCAUGGUUUCUGGUUGCAAAAAAGUCAUCUUGUGGCCUCCUUCUGCAUGUCCCAUCUUAUACCCAAUGGCAGUAUAUGGAGAGGCCUCAAACCAUAGUGCUGUUAGUAUAGAAAAACCUGAUCUUUCUCUUCAUCCGAGAGCUGUUCACUAUGAGGAAAGUUCCCAAAAGAUUAUUCUUCGCCCUGGAGAUGUUCUCUUUAUUCCUGAAGGAUGGUUCCAUCAAGUUGACAGUGAUGAUUUGACAAUAGCUGUGAACUUUUGGUGGAAAUCAGACAUGAUGUCUAACAUGGUAGAACACAUGGAUGCAUACUAUUUGAGGAGAAUACUAAAUAGAUUGGUGGCAAAGGAAAUGAAUCAAACAUUACAUGAGCAAACAGGUGGAAGUUCUAUGGAAAAAUAUCAGCCUUGUAGUGAAGCCACAGAAGGAAAUCAUGGAUCUGAUCACUAUAAGCUGAGAGAUAAUCCAAAAGAAAAUGGGAAGAGCAAUGGAAUUUUGCAACAGUUGGAACCCUGUGGACUGGAUAUGGUACACGAACUUGUAUCUUUGGUUCAUGAUGCUAUGAACAGCAAUAAUCUAAAUCAAGCUUCCACUUCAAAAGAUUUGAUUGAUACAACAGAUAAAAACAAGAAUGUAGAGGAAAGUUCACCUAUGUUGGUAAAUGAUAGAAUUGCAAACAUCCUUUCCACUGUUGAACCACUUAUAUUAAGAAGCAUCUUGCUCGCAAUGGUGCAAAAUUUUCCAAGAACACUGGAGGCUCUUAUCCUCUAUAUGCUUUCCCCAAAAGGGGCAGAAGUUCUCACAAGGAAGUUCGACGAGAUGGAUCAACAAACCAAUAAAGAAGCACAGGCUGAGUUCUACCGUCUGUUUUAUAGUGUAUUCGAUGAUCAGUUUGCCGCAAUGGAUGUGAUACUUAAUGGAAAAGAAUCAUUUGCCUUCCAGGCAUUCAAGAACGUAUUGGAUAAUUAUGCCGGAGUGCAUCUUGGCCGGCCAAAUAAAUAGAUUCUAUAAAAAUCAAGAGUUCUACGUGAUCAUUUCCAAAAGGAUACGCUAAAUUGGAGCUCUUGUCAUCCUUUUAAUAGGGCUUUCCUUUUGUAGUUACUCAUGCCAUCCUGCUAAACUCUACAAUCCUUCCAGCGGUUUAUCAUCAAGGAUCAGCUAUAAUUAUGAAUUUUUAUUUUUAUUUUUAUUUUUAUUUUUUCCUCCCCUUCUUUUUUCGUUUUUUUAAAAUUGUUGUAUGAACUUGUAAAUUGUUAUUUCAAACCAAUUCAGUUUUGAAUUAGAAA